AUGGACACAUCUGAUCUAGCCAGACUCCAGUUGCGUUCAUCAUUACUAGCUGAACGCUGCCUCAUCACGAAGAAUGCACAUGCGUUACUCAAAGAAGCAAUUUUGAGGCGAGAUGGGCGUUUGCUCAUGAUCAUGUGUCGUUUAGACUCACUGGAUUCGUUUGUCAAUGCAGUGCAAGGAUUUGUCGAGGGUGACGCCCACGCGUUGUUCUUGGAGCUUUUCAAGGUAUGCCCUCUAGAGAUGGCUAAAUCCUUGAGCAAAAGUGAACGGGAAUCCAACAAGCUUGAUGACAAGAAGUCACUUAUUUAUGGUGAAAUCGAUUUUCAGUAUUUUGCACGUGUCAUGCGAAAGCUAAGACCGCUUGGGUCUUUCAAGUUCUACGACCUUGGCAGUGGUUCUUCCAGGGCUCUCUUUGUGGCACGGUUGCUUUGCGAUUUUGAGAUUUGUUGCGGUGUUGAGAUCCUCGAAAGUCUCCACUACGCUGCUGACUCGGUCGUACGCAGCUUCAAGCUCAAGUUUCUCCAUCUUUUAGAUACAAAUUCUCCCCAAGAGGUCCGGUUGAAAUGCGCAUCGUUCCUCAGUACGGAUUGGUCCGACGGUGACGUCGUCUUUGCUAAUUCAACUUGCUUUGAGGACGAUCUUGUCGCCAAUUUGGCAGAACAGGCGGAGCGUCUCAAACCAGGUGCACUCUUCAUCACCUUCACAAAAGCCCUUGGCUCUGACGCCUUCGAAAUCUUGGAAAGAAAACGCUAUCGAAUGAGUAAAUCAUCCUGCGUUCCGACAAAUUAUUGCUGGGGCCCUGCAACAGUCUUUAUACAGGUACGCAAAAAUUAUGAUAUGACAUUGAAUCUUCAAUCUUACUUGAAUGAGAUGGUUGACGACAUUUCAUACAGUGAUGAAGAUCGCGUUGGUGGGCUCUCAAAGGACACUAAUGAGGUGCUGGGUGGAUAUGAUUCCGAGGAUAUAGUUUCGAAUUCGAAUUGGAGAGGGCUGAUACGAAAGGUUGACUUCAGCCACUUUGAUACACUUACCAUUCGCGAGACCAGUGUCCUAACUAGGAUUACAUGCUCCCUCCUGCCUUCGUACAUUAUACUAACCUCGCUGACCGUUUGUCUGCGCGGUACCGUGCCCGAGUCUACGAGAGUGGCCUUCUUGCGCGCGAUAGCGCUGGCAAAGUACGAGCCAUGCGCUGAGUGGAUGGUGGAUUGCAUGGUUUUUGGUUUCGAUGGCUGGAAAAAAAACACCCCACCCUGGACAAGCCGAACGAAAUGCUUCCGGGGCCCAUCGCGUCGAGGCAGCCCAGCCAAUUACGAGCAGCUCUCGGACUUUGGGGUCGUUGUGCCAGAGAGAAACUUGCGCAAUUUCAUGCUUGGCGAGUGGCUAUCCGUCCUUUUUGGCGAGCCCAGCGGUUAUACUCUGAAAUUAGGCUGAAGCCGACGACUUACCAAACGACCUGCGCCGGCGACUUACAAACGGCUUAUACCUGGAGCUUUGCGUCGAAGGCAGAUUGGGAUCAUAAUAAUUCGGGGGUGAUCAGCAGCAAAACCACAGAACUUGUGACUUUAAAUCGGGUCUCUUGGACAAAUCAGCAUGUUUUGUGACUUACUCGGGUCUCUUGGACACGUAGGACAAAUCAGCAUGUCUUUUUGAUGAUUGACAUUGUGCAAACAGCAUGCGUCUGAUAUGCUCUCUCC